CUAUAAUCUCCAUCUUCCUUUCAAUUCUCAACUCUAAUCGACUCGAUGAAGCUUCUGAAAUGCAAGUUCCCACUCUCGGUCACUGCCAUUCUCAUUACUUCUAUGGCACUUGCAAGUGUGAUAUUCACUGAGAAUCUUCGAGCUCUCACUGGUACAUCUAUCUUUAAGCUUAAAGCUUGUCCUAAAGAGAAUGCUGCUUCUGCAUUGUACAAAGAUACUUCCUUCUGGAGCACUGAUGAUAUCAUCGAUGAAGAUAGGAUUGAAUUUGAUCCUAAUGAGUGCAGAAUCAUGGAUGGGGAGUGGGUUUUUAAUAGCUCUGUUGAGCCACUUUACACAGAUGAGACCUGCCCAUAUUUGGAUAGAGAUGUUGCAUGCCAAAGGAAUGGAAGGAUAGACAGAGAUUAUUUAUAUUGGCAAUGGCAACUAGAUGAUUGCAUUUUGCCGAGGUUUGAUCCUGAAAAAGUUCUUGAGAAAUUGAGGGGAAAGAGACUCAUGUUUGUUGGAGAUUCAGUGCAGAAAGCACAAUGGCUAUCUUUUGUUUGUAUGGUACAAUCACGGAUACCAGAAGAUCAGAGGUCGAUGCAUCGUACUCAUACUUUUUCAGUUUUUCAAGCAAAGGGAUAUAAUGCUUCAAUUGAGUUCUACUGGGCACCACACCUUGUUGAAACUAAUUCAGAUGACCCGAUUAUUUAUGAUACAAAGAAAAGAAUUGUCCAUGUUGAUUCUGUAUCUAAACAUGCGAAGAAUUGGGUUGGAGUCGAUAUUUUGGUGUUCAAUAGCUAUGUCUGGUGGAUGAAUGGUCAUAAAAUUAAGUCCUUGUGGGGAUCAUUUGCCAAUGGAGAGGAAGGAUAUGAAGAAUUAGAAACUAAAGUUUCCUAUAGAAUUUCGUUGAAAACAUGGGCAAAUUGGGUUGAUUCCACUGUGAAUCCAAAGGUCACAAGAGUAUUCUUUAACACAAUGUCACCAACACACACGAGGAGUAAAGAUUGGAACAAUACGAAGGGAAUACGGUGUUAUAAUGAAACAAUGCCAGUGAUGAAGAAAGGACAUUGGGGCAGUGGUUCUAAUAGGACGAUGAUGAAGGUGGUUUCGGACAUUGUAGGGAGGAUGAAGUUUCCAUUGACAGUUAUAAAUAUAACACAGCUAUCAGAGUAUCGUAUUGAUGGUCAUGUAUCGGUGCACACAGGUGGAAAGAUACCGCUAGAAGAGAAGAAAGCGAACCUGCGACAGUUUGUUGAUUGCAUCCAUUGGUGCUUGCCCGGAGUUCCUGAUGCAUGGAAUCAAAUUUUUGCUGCAUAUUUGUAAUGAUUUGAAGCAAAUGUUCAUUAUGAAACUUCUUUUUUUGUUUUUCGGUCCCCAAGCAUGAUAUGAUGCUCCAAAUUGUAAAUUCAAAUCAAUUGGAUGAAUGUUUCUUAUUAUAAGUAGUUUCUAAUUAGUACAUACGGCUACUUAA